UUUUGAUUUGAAGUUUUAUCAUAAAACAGAAAGUUUAAGAACUUUUAUUUGAAAUUAAUAAAAUUCUUCGAAAAACUUUACUGAAGUAAUCGAUCGAUCUCUUUCUCCUUCAAUGGCUGAUUCUUCCUCCUCUUCCGCAGCCAUAGAUAAUACUACCAAUUCCCAAUCUAAAUCCGAUUCCGAUAACCCGAAUCCGCUACCCGCCCAACCCGAUCCCGCUCCUUCCUUGACCACAGCACAGCUCCCACAAAACCCUAACCCUAGCGUGUCCUUGGUGUCUCCUCAGCCUCCUCCCGCUAUUCCUUCCUACUCGACUCCUCCACAACCGAUCUCCGGAGCUGCCACCGCCCUCCCUCCGGCGCCUCCCUCCUUCCGUCCGGUUCCACAGUUCUCGCCGUUACCGAAUUUUCCAGCUCCUGGCUUGCAGCCGCCCGGCGUGAGUUCGGCCCCUGGUUCUGUUCCGCCGCCGUUGAUGCAAUAUCAGGUGCCUCCGGGUCAGGUUCCGAAUCCUGCUCUUAGACCGUUUGCUUCGAUUCCAAAUGGAUAUGCAGCCGUACCGGGAGUUGUUCCUCCGGGCACCAUGCGUCCUCCGGGACUUCUCCGCUAUCCUUCUCCUUACCCAGCAAUGAUUCGGCCUGCAUUCCCACCACGUCCACCUGGAGCUAUUGGUGUGGUUCCAACAGUUCCACGGCCUCCUGUUCCUGGCAUUCGCCCAAUUAUUGCUCCUGUCAUUAGACCGUCUAUUCCCAAUGUUACUCCUAAAGAGAAACCACAAACUACAGUUUAUAUUGGCAAGAUAUCACCAUCUGUGGACAAUGAUUUCAUGCUCUCUCUUCUUCAUCUUUGUGGACCUGUCAAGAGUUGGAAACGUCCCUCUAAUGGAGCUCCAAAAAGUUUUGGGUUUUGUGAAUUUGAGUCCGCUGAAGGAGUUCUUCGUGCUUUACGACUACUUAGCAAACUUAAUAUUGAAGGACAAGAAUUAAUGGUAAACGUUAAUCAAGCAACAAAGGAUUAUCUGGAGAAGUAUGUCGAAAAGAAAACUGAAAAUGCAAAGAAACCAAAUGAAGCUCCAGCUGCAGGGUCUGAUAAAGAAGGUGAAAAUACAGUGUCUAAUGAAAAGACUGAAUCCUCAACAGAAGUUGUUGAGGAUUCCAAGAGCAGUGACAACAAAGAAAAAAAUAUUGUUGACAUUGCCAACUCUGGCAUCGUCACUAAUGAAGACCGUGAGGCUGAUCGAGAUGCUUCAGAGAAGCUUGUUGGCAUGAUUGAGGAGAGGUUAAAAACCAAUCCUCUCCCUCCACCUCCUCCACUAACUGCUCCUGAUGCCUCUGGAAAAUCAAAUUCAGAUGUUGAUUUAAUGAGAAAUGAUGGAGCUGAAGCUAAAAAUGAUGAUGAGACUACCAGUGAGAGUAAAGUGACAAAUGAAAAUGAUCGACUUGAGACAAACUCACCUGAUCGUAGGCAUGAUAGGAGUAGAGACAGAGAGCAAGAUCUUAAGAGGGGAAAGGAGCGUGAAAUUGAGAGACUAGAAAGAGAAACAGAGCGGGAAAGGAUGAGAAAAGAGAGGGAGCAGAGAAGGAAGAUUGAGGAGACAGAGCGCGAGUAUGAAAAAUUUCUUAGAGAUUGGGAGCAAAGAGAAAAGGAGAAGGAGAAGCAGAGGCAGUAUGAGAAGGAGAGGGAGAAAGAGAGGGAGCGCAAACGAAAGAAGGAGAUUCGCUAUGAUGAAGAGGAAGAUGAUGAUGAUGAUUCGAGAAAAAGGUUGCGCAGGAGUAUUUUGGAGGAAAAGAGGAGGAAGAGGUUUCGGGAAAAGGAGGAUGACUUGGCUGAUAGACUCAAAGAAGAGAAAGAAAUUGCUGAGGCCAAGAAAAGGGCAGAGGAACAGCAGCUGCAACUGCAGCAGCAAAGAGAUGCACUAAAGCUUUUCUCUGGUCGCUUUGCAAAUGGAGCUGAAAAGACUGUGUUGGCUGAAGAAGCUAGCACCAAAAGAAAAGAUAAGUCAGUUGAACAGCAUUAUGAGCAUGAAUCAAGUCAUGAAAACCAGAUAACUGGUGAUGAGAAUAUGCAAAAUGGUUCUGUUGAUGAAUCAAACGAGGCCUUUGUUUCUGCGUCAGAUACACGGCAGAGUGGGAAUGUUCCAGCAAGAAAGUUGGGUUUUGGUCUUGUUGGAUCUGGAAAGCGGACUACUGUACCAUCUGUUUUCCAUGAGGAGGAAGAUGAUGAUGCACAGAAGGAGAAGAAAAUGAGGCCCCUGGUUCCCAUUGAUUACUCUACUGAGGAACUGCAGGCUGUCCAACCUGGUGCACCUCCACCCAAUUUGGUUGCUGCUGCUGAAUUUGCAAAGCGAAUAUCAAAUGUUAAUACUAAAGAGGAAAAGCCUGAUGCAGGAAGAGAGCGAAGCAGACGUUCAUAUGAUAAAUCUAGUAGGGAUAAAGAUCGUAAUGAUGAGGAUAAUACUCGCAGCAGAGAUGAGACCAAAGAGAAGAUCCCUGAUCGGGAUAGAGACAGGGAGCAUGGACAUGAUAAGGUGAAAACAACAGAUAGUCAGAAGCUUUUGGACGCAAAACAAUUGAUUGAUAUGAUUCCAAAAACCAAGGAGGAACUAUUUUCAUAUGAGAUAAACUGGAAUGUAUAUGACCAGCAUGCAUUGCAUGAGAGAAUGAGACCCUGGAUUUCAAAGAAAAUUACAGAGUUCUUGGGAGAAGAAGAGAAAACACUGGUUGAUUACAUCGUAUCGAGUACUCAGGAACAUGUCAAGGCUUCACAAAUGCUGGAGCUGCUGCAGUCUAUAUUAGAUGAAGAGGCAGAGAUGUUUGUACUUAAGAUGUGGAGGAUGCUGAUAUUCGAAAUUAAAAAAGUUGAGACUGGUCUGGCUUUGCGGUUGAGAUCGUGAUCUAACAUUGUUGUCGUGCUGUGGGUUCCUGUGUUGCUACAGGACUGAGAUUUUGAUCACCGUCGGGGUGAGUAAUGGAUAUCUUUUCUUUUUCGGCCUCUGUUAUUUUAAAGACUAAAUGUAGACUAAAUUAGGGAGCAGGCUUGUUGAGUUUGUAAUACUUCUAGGCGCGAUAUCGGUUAAUAUCAACCCUUUUCAUUUUUGUUCAGC